UCCUUCAGUCACAAGCGUAUAUGUUGUUUUAUGAAAAAAGGAAUUCAUCUGUUAAACAAGGCUUGAGUUAUGCUAAGACCAGUUCCGCAUUUGGUCCUCCAGCUACACCUAGUGGGUAUGGAAACCGUUCAGAGCCAGGCCUUGCCAAAUACCGCGUUGCGUCUAUUAGAACAUCAGCUUCUCAGAUCCACACACCCAUCAGUAACCAUGCAUCUUCAAAACAGAGGCAUCCACGUUCGAGAUCAACCACAUAUGAGUCUGGUAAGCAGGUUUCUUCAGAGAGGCCAUGGAAGUCGCCUGAUGAGUCUUCGUAUUCAAGUUGGAGGUAAAGUGAUUU